ACUGCGCAGCUGCCACAGCAAGACGUCGUGUUCAUAUAGCUUGAGACGGUAUCGGGUAUUCCAGCGAAGCAAAUGCAAAGCGGAUACAAAUUAUGAAUGGCGUCUGGAUGGCCGGAUAAUAAGAUCAAGGGAACCGAAAGUUUGAACAAAAGGCUGACACUUGCCUGGCCUGCAAAAGCCACUCCCUGCACCUCUUGCUCGGCAUUGUCGCUGUCUAUCUUUCAUUGCUCUACAUUGUACACGGCGACCCCGACGUCCGCCACAGUCACUGAUCAAAGCGACGCAUCUUGAUCAGCGCUGGGAAUUUCAUCAGAUCCUGUCUCGCACGGGGGCACCGCCUACACGACGACCACUCUUCACAGAGCUUGCGACGUAUCCUCUCUUUCCCCUACCCCCACACCCUUUUAAUCUUCUCUGUCUUCGUCUUCUUAUCCUUGGGUUGAGCCUGGUGCUUCAUCUGAGUCUUUUUCCUGAGCUUUUUUCUUCUCCGCGUCCGGCACGUAGAUCCAUCACCAUCAUUUCCGCCCUCUCUGCGUGCAAUCAUCGCCCGGAAUUAUAAUACACUUCCUCUACGGCCUAUAACCGCUCACUCCUUCAAGCUUUUCUCUCACCGUUCUCUCCUUAACUGUCAUGUCUCUCAAAGCCGAACUCGAAACCUGGGCUGCCGCGCUCGAGGCCUACGAUGCACAAGACUUUGAGAAGUCCCUCGAGCUUUUCAGUUCCAUUGCUGAUUCUUCCAAGAUCCUUACGAACAUGGGUCUCAUCUACGCGACGCUGGGCGAGCAUGAAGCAGCCGUAGAGCAGUUCAUCGGCGCCACUCAACUCGAUCAAUAUCUCGCUGUUGCAUACUUCCAAUGCGGUGUAUCUAAUUUCCUACUCACUCGUUACGAUUUGGCACACAAGGACUUCGAUGAAGCCCUCCUGUACUUGCGAGGCAACCAGUCAAUCAACUAUGAGCAGCUCGGAUUGAAAUUCAAGCUCUUCUCGGCGGAGGUUCUAUUUAACAAGGGUCUCGCGCAGAUUUACAUGGGCAGGCUCCAGGAGGGUUUGAUGGAUAUGGAGGAAGGGAGGAAGGAGAAGGUUACCGAUGAGCACAACGUUAUUGAUGAUGCCAUGGCCGAACGCGGGGAUGGUUACACUGUGUUUAGCAUUCCUGUCGGCGUAUUGUACCGUCCCUCAGAGAGUAAGCUAAAGAAUGCGAAGGCGAAAGACUACAUGGGAAAAGCUAGACUCGUGGCAACCAGCGACGCAAACGAAGCCUAUACAACCUUCACCGGGGUCACACGUUUGAAACAGGGUAUCGCCCCUACUGGUACCUUCCUCGAAGAUGAGAGCCGCGCCGCAGGACUUAACCGUGCUGCCACAGUAUCCGUUACUUCACGACCUACUGUACCUGAUGAAGACAGGCCACAACCUACCCUUCAACGUGCCAAGACAACCAUCAACGUCCCUACAGAUGCCCGUGACCGUAUCCGCGCAAACAACUCUCCCAUGACCACUCCUCCGAGCGGUGCUGUCAUUUCACGCAGCGCAUCAUCUGCUGGUUCCGGUAGGGGACAGAUGCCCGGACCUGUUCGUGGUUUGAGCGUUCGUCGACCAGGCGCGCCUGCACCCAAUCUUCCAGGUGUCAACAAUAUUGCGGGUGGUGCUGUGCCACCUCGUGCUUCCCCCCAAAGAGCACCUCCUUCAUCAUCCCGUGUCACCGAGUUCUACGAUGACUACAUUGAUUCCUAUGGCGAUGACACGACUAGCCCGCCUGCUAAUCGGGUCUCUGCCUGGGCAAGGAACAAUGCAAACCCUGGUGCUGGCGUUGCAAGGUCAAGGUCUAUGGCACCUAGCUCGUAUGCACCAAGCUCUGCUGGUGGUAUGAAGAGGCGUAUUACCAGACGGGGCACGACCAGGAACACUAGCAGCCGAGCGCAGAGCAUGUACGAAGAGGAAGAGGAAGGCUAUGGAAGUGGUGGCGAUAUUUUGGACGAUGAUAUCAUCAGGAUUCGCGUCAAGGUCUGUAUCUUCUGCUCAAUAUCCCCUGAUCAUACCUUUCUCACAUGUACGAUUAUUCAUGGGUCAGGUUCAUUACCAGGACGACGUCCGUGGAAUGGCCAUUGACUCUGGCAUGCCAUUCGACGAGUUCGUCGAGCGUUUGACCACCAAGUUUGAGAAGUCAUUCCAAGAUCUCGCAAUCAAGUUCAAGGACGAGGAUGGCGGGAAAGUCACGCUUCGUGAUGAGAUGGAUUAUGAGCUCGCCGUCGAAACUGCAAGGGAGAGCGCUAAGGGCAAGUCCGAAGGUCGUCUCGAGCUUUGGUGCCUCGACAAGUAGACGUUUGCACCCGACAUCUCACAUUCACCUGCUCUUCCUCAGUUCCAUUCAUGACUGCAGAGCCGUCGUCUCCAUAUCCUUCUUACUUCCCUAGACUCACGAUUCCUCAGUUUCUCUACUCAUAGGUUGUGCUUGUAUCCUCAUAUCUGGUUUUUCCGUUGUGGUCAAUUGUUAGUGCAAUCUGCUCAGGUUCUGUACGUGUAUGCUCUCUUCUUGUCUCUCAUCAUUUCUCUCGUGCUUCUGAUUGUGUACUGCUGCUGGUAGUGGGUUCAAAGCGUAUAUUAUAAAUACCAUCGUGCGACUCGACAGGCGAUAAUCCCUUGCCUUGGCUUGCUUUCGGGUUUCGUGUAAUUUAUAUUUAUCCUCUCAUUUGCUCUUUACUUCAUUGUUCCAUUCUGCUCACAGGUAGAGGCCUAGAGAAUAUAACUCAAUUCUCUUUCAAUG